AUGAGCUCUACUGGUAGCUCUCAUUCAUUCUCAAAGACAGUCAAUAAUCGCAUUGCUAACAGACAGUUUGAUCCACCGGAUGGAGGCUAUGGAUGGUGUGUUAUGUUUGGGAGUUUUCUAAUUUUUGUUCUUCUCGGUGGUGUGUUCUACUCAUUUGGCGUGCUAUAUGUGGCGUUGUUGGACUCGUUCAAUGCAUCUAAUGCUAAUACAGCAUUGGUAGGAACGUUCUCGUGUAGUAUGGGAAUUAUCGGCAAUGGUGUGUCUAUGACAUUAUGUAAUCGAUAUGGGCACCGCAAGAUUCUGAUGGUUUCUGGAAUAUGUUCUUCAAUAGGAUUUGUUAUUUGUUCUUUUACAACUUCAUUGAGACAAAUAUAUGUUGUGUAUGGAGUUUUUAUAAGUUUCUUGUACUGGAUAACAUCUUUUCCUGCAAUAUCUAUGAUUCGUGAAUAUUUUUCUAAGAAAAUGCCAAUGGCUAUAGGACUGGCCCUUUCCGGAACUGGUGCAGGGCAGUGUAUAUUUUCCAUUUUAACACAAAUUCUUCUUGACAAUUAUGGAUGGCGAGGGACGUUGAUUGUCCUUGGGGGAACUUCUUUACAUUUCUGUUUAGCAGGUGCACUAUUUAGGCCGACAAAAUAUUAUUAUCGACUCACAAAACCACCAGCCCAAUAUACCAAAAUAACCGAAAGAGCAACCACCUUCGAGGACACAGAGAAUCACGACUUGUAUGUGGCUGACAAAUUCAAUCAACGCGUCUCAAACCCUGAUGACUCUGAUAGUAAUUUUAGUGAAAAGCCUGCCGCAACUACAGUGCAACUGAAGAAGAAAGCGAGCAGAAGCUGUUGCAUCACUGGUUUGAGAAAUCUUCAGACUGUAUUUAAGUCAAUGUGUGACCUACCGCUUUUUAGAAAUGUUGUGUUCUUGCUGUUGAUAUUAUCCGUACUCGGUUCUACAUGGUCACAGUUAAACGUGCCAAAGAUUAUGGAAUCCCCAGCUUUAAAAGUUCAAGUUUACCAGCAAUCAUGGGUCUUACUCAGUUUGUUGGAAGAAUAUUCUGGGGGAGUUGGAGGAAGUCUACUAAAAGUUCAACCUCAUAUAUUGUACGGUGCUGGCAUGGUGAUUUCUGGGAUUGCAACAGUGGUUAGCAUCCAUAGCAAAACGUAUGAAGGGCAAUUAGCGUUUGCUAUUGUAUUUGGUGCUGGUAUGGCGUGCUAUAUUCCCAUGUUGCCUGUUGUUGUACAUUAUUUCUUUCCUGUGAGAUACGACCGUGCUCUUUCUAUUUGCUUGCAAACCCAGGCAUUAGCGAUGAUGAUUGGAACUCCGAUUGCUGGUGUGAUGCGUGAUGUUCUAGGAAAUUAUGACGCUGCAUUUUACAUGGUGGCAGCAGUCUUAAUGGUGUCAGCUAUUUGUAGCUUUCUCAUGCCAAUUGCAGAUAAAUACAUUGAGUAUAGAAAUGCCAAUAUAAGAAGAGACAAUUCAUUGCCGGGGACGGGAAAAGAACAGAAUACAGAUUUAGUUUGUUAUAAUGAAGACAUGGCUUCAAUUACAACAGUUUAA